CUUAUCUGUCCCACAGGAUGAAGAUGAAUUUCUUGUUUCUCUUCUGUUGUUCUCUACUGAUCCUCACAACCUGCACUGCCACAGACAUUUCCCGCGAUGGCCGGGCAAUUACCAUCAACGGCCAACGUAGAAUAAUUCUUUCAGGCUCUAUUCACUAUCCGAGAAGUACGUCUGAGAUGUGGCCUGAUUUGAUAAAAAAGGCCAAGGAAGGAGGACUAGACGCUAUCGAGACAUACGUGUUUUGGAAUGCUCAUGAGCCAUUGCGCCGGCAGUAUGAUUUCACCGGAAAUUUGGACCUCAUCAGGUUCAUCAAGACCGUCCAAGACCAAGGCCUUUAUGCUGUUCUCCGUAUCGGACCGUACGUUUGUGCUGAAUGGAACUAUGGAGGGUUUCCCGUAUGGCUGCAUAAUAUGCCCGGGAUCGAGUUCCGUACGGCGAACAAUGUGUUCAUGAACGAGAUGCAAAAUUUCACGUCGUUGAUAGUCGACAUGGUAAAGAAGGAGAAGCUGUUUGCAUCGCAAGGCGGCCCUAUUAUACUCGCUCAAAUUGAGAAUGAGUAUGGCAAUGUGAUAGCAUCAUAUGGAGAUGCUGGAAAAGCAUACAUGAAUUGGUGUGCAAAUAUGGCUCAAUCUUUGGACAUUGGUGUCCCUUGGAUCAUGUGCCAACAAAAUGAUGCUCCUUCCUCUGUGAUAAACACGUGCAACGGAUGGUACUGCGAUCAAUUCACACCGAACAACCCUAACAGCCCAAAGAUGUGGACAGAAAAUUGGACUGGAUGGUUCAAGAAUUGGGGUGGCAAAGACCCACACAGGACUGCUGAGGAUCUCGCGUUUUCCGUUGCACGAUUUUUCCAGCUUGGUGGCACUUUUCAGAAUUAUUACAUGUAUCAUGGCGGGACGAAUUUUGGUAGAACGUCGGGUGGUCCGUAUAUUACCACGACAUACGACUACGAUGCUCCUCUCAAUGAAUACGGUUCCUUGAACCAGCCGAAAUAUGGACAUUUGAAACAGCUCCACGACGUGUUGCACUCAAUUGAGAAAACUCUGACUUAUGGCAAUGUUUCUAGUACUGAUUAUGGAAACUCUGUGACGGCAACUGUUUACUCGACGAACGACCAACAAACUUGCUUCUUCGGCAACGCAAACACCACGGCCGAUGCGACCGUAACAUACCAAGGGGCCAAGUACAACGUGCCCGCAUGGUCCGUGAGUAUACUUCCCGACUGUAAGAAGGAGGUUUUCAAUACCGCCAAGGUAAAUACUCAGACAUCAAUGAUGGUGAAGGUGUCAAACAAGGCAGAAGAUGAGCCAAUGGCACUGAAAUGGACAUGGAUGUCUGAGUCUCUGCAUAAGACUCUGGUUCAUGGAAAGGGUGAAGUCUCCGCCAGCCACCUUCUUGAUCAAAAGGUUGCUAAUGAUGUUAGUGACUAUAUGUGGUACAUGACAAGUUUGCAUUUGGGUAAAGACGACCCCGUCUGGAGCGAUGAAAUGAGGAUUAGGAUUAACGGUACUGGACAUGUGAUGCACUCUUUCAUAAACGGCGAACACCUCGGUUCUCAAUGGGCUACAUAUGGAGUCUUUAACUAUAAGUUUGAGAAGAGGAUUCAUUUGAAGCCUGGAAGGAACCAAAUUACAUUGCUUAGUGCUACAAUUGGGCUGCAGAACUACGGUCCAAACUUUGAUGUGGUACAAACUGGACUACCUGGACCCAUCGAGAUUAUUGGUCAGAAGGGUGAUGAGUGCAUCAUCAAGGACUUGUCCAAGCGUACAUGGACGUACAAGGUCGGGUUAGAUGGGUUCAACACGAAGCUAUUCAAUAAUAAUGUUGACAAGGUGUGGAGCACUGGAGAAAUGCCCAUCAACAAGAUGAUGACGUGGUACAAGACAACAUUCAAGGCGCCGUUGGGAGAGGAGCCGGUGGCCGUGGACUUGCAAGGGCUAGGGAAAGGGAUGGCUUGGGUUAACGGCAAUAGUCUCGGCCGGUACUGGCCGAGUUACAUGGCGGAGGAGGAUGGCUGCUCCGCCGAGCCAUGCGACUAUCGCGGCUCAUAUGAUAACAGCAAAUGUGUCUCCAAUUGUGGCCAGCCUACUCAGAGAUGGUACCAUGUUCCACGUUCGUUCAUGAAUAGAGAUGUGAAUGAACUGGUCCUUUUCGAGGAAAUCGGAGGCAAUCCGAGUCUUGUCAAUUUCCAAACUGUAAGGCCGGGAAGUGUUUGUGGAAAUGCCUACGAGGGUAAAGACAUGGAAUUGAGUUGCUACGGCAGGCCAAUUUCGGGCAUCAAGUUCGCCAGUUUCGGCAACGUACAAGGUGUUUGUGGUUCAUUCCGAAAGGGUACUUGUGAAGCCAAAAGUGAUGUCCUUUCGUUUGUCCAAAAUGCCUGUGUGGGGAAAGAAAGUUGCGUAGUCCGAGCUUCUGAAAGUCUGUUAGGAUCGACAAGUUGCGACUCAAGCACGACGAAGAGGCUUGUCGUGGAGGCGAUGUGUUAGAUUUUCUAAUCAUUUAGAAUUAGAUAAUUUAGGAAGUUUUUAUUUUACAUCCCAUAUAUAUUGAAUAAAUGGGACGUAGCUUAAGUAGUUCUUUUUUUAUUUUUAAUUUAAUUUAGUUAUUUGUUCAAAGUAGGAUUGAAUUUUGGGCUAUCUUAUGUGGU